GAUAGAACGGGAGCUUGGUAAUCAUACAGUAUGCACGGAGAUACAGAAGUGGACCGCCAGUGUAUCCAGGGUGUAAUCGCAUGUAAACCACUCAGCCCAGGUGUAUGCCAAAAACGCACAGAAAAUCCCAGCGAGCGGGGCAGCGAAAAAAGUCCCCACUUUUUCGUCUCUUUUUUUUCUCUCCCACUUUUCCCUCCCCUCUUCUGCCCUUCCCUCCUUCUCUUCUUUCCCCUCUCCCAUCCCUCUUUCUCUCCUCCUGGAGCAGUUUACACUCAGUUUUUUUGAUCUUCACCGGGCUUGUCCGUGAAAGAUCAUCUGUGUGUUUUCUUGCUUCUUUAUUCCCCCCUUCCAAAAGAAAAAUCAACCCCGCCUCUAGGGCUUAUCUGAGGAAAAAAAAACCGUCAAGAUGGUUAACUUCACCAUUGAGGAGAUCCGCGGCCUGAUGGACCGACCGGCCAACAUCCGUAACAUGUCCGUCAUUGCUCACGUCGAUCACGGAAAGUCCACCCUCUCCGACUCCCUUGUCCAGCGUGCCGGUAUUAUCUCCGCCGCCAAGGCCGGUGAGACCCGUUUCAUGGACACCCGUCCCGAUGAGCAGGACCGUUGCAUUACCAUCAAGUCCACUGCCAUCUCUCUCUACGCCAAGUUCCCCGACCCGGAGGAUCUUAAGGAGAUCCCCCAGAAGGUCGACGGUUCCGAGUUCCUGAUCAACCUGAUCGAUUCCCCCGGUCACGUUGAUUUCUCGUCCGAGGUCACUGCCGCUCUCCGUGUCACUGACGGUGCCCUGGUCGUCGUCGACUGUGUCUCCGGUGUCUGUGUCCAGACCGAGACUGUCCUGCGUCAGGCCCUGACCGAGCGUAUUAAGCCCGUUCUUUGCAUCAACAAGGUCGACCGUGCCCUGCUCGAGCUCCAGGUUUCCAAGGAGGAUCUGUACCAGUCCUUCUCCCGUACCAUUGAGUCCGUCAACGUCAUCAUCUCCACCUACUUCGACAAGGCUCUCGGUGAUGUCCAGGUCUACCCCGACCGCGGUACCAUCGCUUUCGGUUCCGGUCUCCACGGCUGGUGCUUCACUGUCCGCCAGUUCGCCGUCAAGUACGCCAAGAAGUUCGGUGUCGACCGCAAGAAGAUGCUCGAGCGUCUGUGGGGCGACAACUACUUCAACCCCAAGACCAAGAAGUGGACCAAGAGCGCCGAGGCUGACGGCAAGCCCCUUGAGCGUGCCUUCAACCAGUUCAUCCUGGACCCCAUCUUCAAGGUCUUCGCUGCUGUCAACAACGACAAGAAGGACGAGAUCAACACUCUCCUUGAGAAGCUCGAGAUUAAGCUCACCGCUGAGGAGAAGGACUUCCAGGGCAAGGCUCUCCUCAAGGUCGUCAUGCGCAAGUUCCUGCCCGCUGCCGACGCUCUGCUCGAGAUGAUCUGUAUUCACCUGCCUUCCCCCGUCACUGCCCAGAAGUACCGUGCCGAGACUCUGUACGAGGGUCCCGCUGACGACAAGGCCUGCAUUGGUAUCCGUGACUGUGACCCCACUGCUCCUCUGAUGCUGUACGUCUCCAAGAUGGUUCCCACCUCCGACAAGGGUCGUUUCUACGCCUUCGGUCGUGUCUACGCCGGUACCGUCAAGUCCGGUAUCAAGGUCCGCAUCCAGGGUCCCAACUACACCCCUGGCAAGAAGGAGGACCUGUACAUCAAGGCCAUCCAGCGUACUAUUCUCAUGAUGGGUCGCUUCGUCGAGCCCAUUGAGGAUGUCCCUGCCGGUAACAUUGUCGGUCUGGUCGGUAUCGAUCAGUUCCUGCUCAAGUCCGGUACCCUGACCACCGACGAGACCGCCCACAACCUCAAGGUCAUGAAGUUCUCCGUCUCCCCCGUUGUGCAGCGCUCCGUCGAGGUCAAGAACGCCCAGGAUCUGCCCAAGCUUGUCGAGGGUCUCAAGCGUCUGUCCAAGUCCGACCCUUGCGUUCUGACCAUGAUCAACGAGUCUGGUGAGCACGUCGUUGCUGGUGCUGGUGAGCUCCACCUCGAGAUUUGUCUGAAGGAUCUCGAGGAGGACCACGCCGGUGUUCCCCUCCGCAUUUCCGACCCCGUCGUCUCCUACCGUGAGACCGUUACCGCCACCUCCAGCAUGACCGCUCUGUCCAAGUCUCCCAACAAGCACAACCGUCUGUACAUGACCGCUCAGCCCAUCGAGGAGGAGGUCGCUCUCGCCAUCGAGGCUGGCAAGAUCAGCCCCCGUGACGAUUUCAAGGCCCGUGCCCGUGUCCUUGCUGACGAGUACGGCUGGGAUGUUACCGAUGCCCGUAAGAUUUGGUGCUUCGGUCCCGACACCACCGGUGCCAACUUGCUGGUUGACCAGACCAAGGCCGUUCAGUACCUGAACGAAAUCAAGGAUUCCGUCGUCUCCGGUUUCCAGUGGGCUACCCGUGAGGGUCCCGUCGCUGAGGAGCCCCUCCGCGCCGUCCGCUUCAACAUCCUCGAUGUUACCCUCCACGCUGAUGCCAUUCACCGUGGUGGUGGUCAGCUCAUCCCCACUGCUCGUCGUGUCCUGUACGCCGCUACCAUGCUCGCCGAGCCCGGUCUCCUGGAGCCCAUCUUCAACGUCGAGAUCCAGGUCCCCGAGCAGGCUAUGGGUGGUAUCUACGGUGUCCUCACCCGCCGCCGUGGUCACGUCUACGCCGAGGAGCAGCGCCCCGGUACUCCUCUGUUCAACAUCAAGGCUUACCUGCCCGUCAACGAGUCCUUCGGUUUCCCUGCCGAUCUGCGCUCCGCCACCGGUGGUCAGGCCUUCCCCCAGUCCGUCUUCGACCACUGGGCCAUCCUUCCCGGCGGUUCUCCUCUCGACCCCACCACCAAGCCCGGUCAGGUCGUCCAGGAGAUGCGCAAGCGCAAGGGUCUCAAGGACGUCGUUCCCGGCUACGAGAACUACUACGACAAGCUGUAAAAAUGCUCAUGACCGACCAGCAUGCGUCUGGCAGUCACGCGUGGAAUCUUUUUUUAUGAAAUUGAUGAAUGCAAUACAAGUUCCCCGGUUCAAACAAAAAUUUCAUUCCCACUUCAAUGUGGGCUUGCUUCACAGCCACUGUCGUCUCUAGAAAGUGCGGAGCUUCGAGGGAUGUCUCGGGCACCUCGAUAGCGGCCCGUUUGCUUUUGUCUCCAUAGCUGUCUGUCUUGUUUUUUGUUCCUUCGUUUCUUUUUUUUCUCUGAUGAUUUUCCUUGUAUGUGUUUUCGCUGUGUCUAGCUGUACCUUUUGGACAUGACAAUCAAUAUGGUAUACUAGGCACGAGUACUGGUUUCUGGCUGCGUAGAUUUCGUCAACGGAGUAGAAAGUAAG